AUGCAACAGGCACUACCUAUUUGCAUCAAAGUUAGCGCAGUAUAUUGUGGCGCGUUUCCGAGUGCUCCAGCACUCCAAUUGUUUGUGGGGUCGACGUUAUACACAUGCAGUGGAAAGGAUGGCAAUAAUUUCACGCACAUCACUACCUACUCACGUGACCAGGCUUGCACCCCGGCCAGUGAGGCAUCAAUUAGCGAUAACCUAGUACAAAGCGAUGGCCAUGGUAAAACCUCGAUCGUUUCACUACAACAGUUAGCGUCCAGCCAGUACCCUGCUGAUGGAGGCCUGACACGUGACGAUAUUUUAUACCUGGCUACUAGUGGAUCGUUGGAAGGCAAAUAUGUGUACGAGAAAAUCGUGUACCUCGAUGAAGUGCAUUUGAAAAGGUGCUCAUCGGUACUGGGUUACUCAUACGUGCCCUCCCAAACGUCCCAGUUGCUUAUUAGCGAUACCCUGGACCUUAAUGUGUUGAUUAAUCCUGCCGGUGCUUACGAUGCCUUUAGAAAGGGCUGCACUACACUAGCUCAAUAUAUUGUGCCCCAUCAUGUGGGACUCCCGGUUACUAGACAAUUGUUUGUGGGGUCGAUCGCAUACAAGUGCAAUGGAAAGGACGGCAAUAAUUACACGCAUAUCGCUAGCUAUACACGUGACGCGAGUUGUACUCAGGGUAGUGGGCAGGGCAUUAGCAAUGACCUAGUACAGUGCACUGGUCAUGGUCAGUAUGAAGUUAGCGAGCUGAAAGUGCUAGCUGCAAGUGGUUGGGAUGCUGGUUCUGGUUUAACCCGGUUCGAGGCAUUAUACCUGGCACUUAGUGGACCGGUUGAGGGUAAAUAUGUGUACGAGAGAGUGGUGCACCUUGAUGAGGUGCAUUUAUCAAGGUGCUCGUCAGUGCUAGGCUACUCAUACGUGACAGCGUCAUCGGCUACCUUGCUUAUUAGCGAUUCGUUAGAUCUCAGUGUUCUUAUAGCCCCUACCGGUGCUUUCGACGCCUUUAGGACAGGCUGUACCACAGUCUGCGAUGGGACUGGGUGUAAUUAUGAUCUGGCUAAACAAUUGUUUGUGGGGUCGAUCGCAUACAAGUGCAAUGGAAAGGACGGUAAUAAUAAUUACACACAUAUCCAGACGUUUUCACGUGACCAGAGCAGUACUCCACCUAGUGGGCAGACUAUUAGCGAUGACCUAGUACAGUGCACAGGUCAUGGUCAGUAUGAAGUUAGCGAGCUGAAAGUGCUAGCUGCGAGUGGUUGGGAUGCUGGUUCUGGUUUAAUCCGGCAUGAUACAUUAUACCUGGAGCUUAGUGGACCGGUACAGGGUAAAUAUGUGUACGAGAAAGUGAUGCACCUGGAUGAGGUGCAUUUAUCAAGGUGUUCGUCCGUACUGGGCUACACAUACGUAUCGCAAUCAGCCACCUUGCUUAUUAGCGAUACGCUAGACCUCAGUGUACUUAUAGCCCCUACCGGUUCUUUAGACGCCUUUAGGACAGGCUGCACCACCGUGUGUGAUGGGAGUGGGUGGGUUGGCAUAUUAGCGCCGGUGGUGCUCAGUCAGGGACAACCAAACCCAAGCUAUGACAACGUCAUUGUAGCCUGUUCACCAAAUCAACACAAUCAAAUAAUACAACUUAAACCAUUAGCUGGCUCCAUUUACCCCGCAGGAGCGUUCACCCAGGUGGAAACCCUUUGGCAGGCCCUGACAGGUCCAUUGGAGGGCCGGUACCUAUACGAAAAGUUGGUCAUCCUAAAUUCUGCCUUUCUCAAAAAGUGCUCAUCAAUACUGGGCUAUUCGUACGUGAGCUCCAAGAUUGCCACCUUGCUCGUUAUUGAUCAGCUCACACUGGCCCCGCUCAUUACGCCUACCGGUGCUUUCGAGGCGUUUAAAAAGGGCUGCACGACCAUUUGCCAGGGUCGGGCGUUUUUUGAUCCUCUCAUGCAGUGGGAAAUAGCCAGCCAG